AUGGCCAAUUAGUUCAUACCUUUAUUUGUAUUACGUAGGUUUAAUGUGGAGCUUUUAAUUUAUUUUAAUUGUUUUAUUGGCAUAAUACAAUGCUUUUUAUUGAAGUUUACUUAUUCAUCAAAAAUAAUCUUCUUUAUUUAUCAUUCACCUUAUUCAUAAUAUUGUCUUUCAAAGAAAUCAUUGUUAUAUGAGAAUAACUUUUAUAUAAAUAACUUCUCCAACUUAAAACUCAUUAAGAUUUCAAUGAUUUUNUUCUUUCAAAAGUGCAUCCAAAAGUAUUAUACAAUACAUAAGAGUAAUUUAAAUCAAUAAAUUCUUAGAUAUAAUGCUCGUGUUGUUAAGGUUUAUAGUCCUUUUGAAUACAUGAAUUACAUCAAACGUAGAUAAGAAUACUUAAAUAAAUAGAGGGAGCUUUUAGAUAAUCUUUAAUUGAGUAAGGAAAAUUAUGAAAAGCUAACAUUUUCUGUAAAACAAAUAGGAGUCUUUGAUGAUGAUGGAAGAUUUGGAACAUAAAGCCAGCGUAAAUAUUUGUUAAAAUCAAUGGAAUCAUCAAGGUAAUAAAAAUCUGAAUCAAUUUAAUAUCCUUAAACAGAAAGAGCUUAAUAUUAGUUUAAAGCCAAAGCUUUACCAAGUAGUAGAAAAGAAAAAAAUAGAUUUUCUCCUCAAUCUAAUAUAAAGUUCUUUAUGUUGCCAGAAAGAUAGGAACCUGAUGUUGAAUCGAAAAAUAGCCCUAUUGAUAAAAUAAUCAAACGAUCAAGGCAAAAAAAAAGAAUACCAUAAAGUCAACCUAUACCUCCAGAAGUCAUCUUUGCUAAAAGUUAGCCAAACCCAAAAUAUUCCUCAUAUAGUAGAUAACUUCAAGAACUAACAACAACUGUCGAAUUUAAUAAAUUACUUUGAUCUUUAUUUUAAAUAAUUACUUA